CACUUGAACGCUGCACGGCUUCCUCUCUGCUUCCUGCGCGGUUGCACGCGCUGCAGACUCGCGUUAAACGGAGUCUAUUUCUGUCUUAUUUUUCGUUUUCUGUUUAGUCUUUAUGCUAAUAAUUAUUUUCCGACCUUUAUGCAAAGAUCUGUAGAACCGACCUAAUUCGUCGCUGUGAAUUUUAAAGCGUUAUUUUUGUACUCGGUCGACGCGAGACUCGGUUGAGCUCAAUUGGCCUGUUUUCUCUCUCUCUCUCUCUCUAGACAAUUCUUUACAUUAUUGAUUUAUUUUACGUUUUUAUUUAUCAGUAUGGACGAGAAGGUGUUUACAAAAGAACUAGAUCAGUGGAUCGAGCAGCUGAACGAGUGCAAGCAGCUGUCGGAGAACCAGGUUAAAUUUCUGUGCGAGAAAGCUAAGGAGAUUUUAUCAAAGGAGUCCAAUGUUCAGGAAGUGCGUUGUCCGGUCACUGUGUGCGGAGACGUCCAUGGGCAAUUCCACGACCUCAUGGAGCUCUUUAAGAUUGGCGGGAAAUCACCGGACACCAACUAUCUCUUCAUGGGCGACUACGUGGACAGAGGCUAUUACUCUGUAGAGACCGUCACACUUCUAGUGUGUUUGAAGGUCCGAUACAGAGAGCGAAUCACCAUCCUUCGAGGGAACCACGAGAGCAGGCAGAUCACACAGGUUUACGGUUUCUACGACGAGUGUCUGAGGAAAUACGGAAACGCCAACGUUUGGAAAUACUUCACCGAUCUUUUUGACUACCUACCGCUCACCGCCCUGGUGGACACACAGAUUUUCUGUCUCCAUGGAGGACUGUCUCCAUCCAUCGAUACUCUGGAUCAUAUUCGAGCUCUGGACCGCAUCCAGGAAGUCCCACAUGAGGGCCCCAUGUGUGACCUGUUGUGGUCGGACCCAGACGAUCGCGGCGGUUGGGGGAUUUCGCCCAGAGGAGCAGGCUACACUUUCGGUCAGGACAUCUCAGAAACCUUCAACCACGCCAACUCCCUGACCCUGGUGUCCAGAGCUCACCAGUUAGUCAUGGAGGGAUACAACUGGUGUCACGAGCGGAAUGUCGUCACAAUCUUCAGUGCUCCGAAUUAUUGUUACCGCUGCGGCAAUCAGGCGGCCAUCAUGGAGCUCGAUGACACGCUCAAAUAUUCAUUUUUGCAGUUCGACCCGGCGCCAAGAAGAGGAGAGCCUCACGUCACCCGCAGGACCCCCGACUACUUCCUGUAACGUCUCGUUGCCUGACGAAGUGUUCCUCAGCAUUAUCCUGAUCGCAGACUGAACUGUCAUCAUCACCACCAUCGCAUCUCUCAACACAUAAAUUUGUCCAUGGACCAAAAUGUGUGCCAUCAGCAUAAUAUAGGAAAGGAGAAAAAAACAAAAAAACACAA